ACUUCCGGUUAUUGCUGACUUCGGGGGUCACGGCAUUCUUACUUGCAUCUUCAGGGCUUCUGCGAUGAGCUGAGCCCCACUAACACACUCUUCUUCCAGUUUUACUGAGCCGGGGGACCCCAUUGCUUCCACUCAGGCGCGUGAUAGUUGAGACUGAAGUAUCAGACCCGCUGGUUUUGAGAUUCAUGGCAGACAUAACAUUGGGUUGCAGCUGUAUACUUGUACUGUUCUGUUCUCAAGUCCUCUCUGUAGAUGUUCGCAAAGGGGGGCAUUAUGUUGCGGCUGUGUACGAACAUCAUGCCAUCCUGAAUCCCAAUCCGACCACCAUCACUGAUCGACAGUCUGCACUACAGCUGAUGAACAGAAACCUAGACAUUUAUGAAGAGCAAGUGCUUGCUGCUGCUAGACAGGGGGCACAGAUCAUUGUCUUUCCUGAAGAUGGAAUUCAGGGCUUCAAUUUCACCAGGACAUCAAUUUAUCCUUACUUGGAGUUCAUUCCAUAUCCUGACUCUGCGAAGUGGAAUCCAUGCAAAGAAGCACACGUGUUCAACGACACUGAGGUUCUCCAUCGACUCAGCUGUAUGGCACUGAAAAAUCAAAUGUUUUUAGUUAUUAACAUAGGAACCAAGCAACCUUGCAAGUGGAGCGAUCCCCACUGUCCAGCAGAUGGGAGAUACCAAUUUAACACUAAUGUAGUAUUCAGUGCCAGUGGUACUCUCAUAGCCAGAUACCGAAAACAAAACUUAUAUUUUGAAGAUGCCUUUGAUACGCCAUCAGAGAAGGAUUACACAGUUUUUGAUACACCUUUUGCAGGCAGAUUUGGAAUCUUCACUUGUUUUGAUAUCCUCUUCUAUGAACCAGCUGUGCAUCUUAUUAAGCAAUACAAUGUGAAGCAGAUUGCAUAUCCAACUGCAUGGAUGAACCAACUCCCACUCCUCUCAGCUGUAGAAUUUCAGCAAGCUUUUGCAACAGCUUUUAACAUCAAUCUUCUGGCAGCAAAUAUUCAUCAUCCUAACCUGGUUAUGACAGGGAGUGGUAUAUACACACCAUCCAAAUCUUUCAUUUAUUAUGACAUAGAAAGUGUUAAUGGCAAGCUUCUAGUGGCAGAAAUCCCUGUCGUUGCAUCAGAACCCGAAAGCCAUACAGAAAAUACUGCAGUAUCUGACAGAGACCUACAGAAGGGAUUUUCGAGCUUCCAUACGGACAGUCAGAUUUGUCAUAAGGAGGAUCAGGAAGCCCACUGUGGGACAACAGAGAAAGCAGCCCAAGAACCCCCUCUCAUUUUUUAUGGAGAAAUGAUGUAUGAUAAUUUCACUUUAAUACCUCUAACUAAAGCUGAAGACAAUAUUCAGGUCUGUUCCAAUACACUUUGCUGUUACUUAAGUUAUCAGAGACUGGAUUUAUCUAAUGAACUGUAUGUUUUAGGAGUUUUUGAUGGCUUACACACAGUGCAUGGAACAUACUACGUUCAAGCUUGUGUCUUAGUGACAUGUGGUGGUCUUAACUAUACUACCUGUGGACGAGAAAUUACAGAAGCCACUGGACUGAUAGAUUUCCAGCUUUGGGGGAAUUUCAGCACUGCUUUUAUAUUUCCUCUCUUGUUAAGGUCUGGUGUCAUUCCAGAUUUUGCAGAUUAUCUUGGCUGGAAAAACAACCACUAUAUCAUGCAGAAAAGGGGACUAGAUUCUGGCUUAAUAACAGCUGGUUUAUAUGGACGGUGGUAUGAGAAAGACUAGAGCAAGUGUUUGGUGCAGCCAAAACUAAUGUACCAAAGCGAUUCACUGAAGCACCUAAUAAAAAGGGCACUAAUUUUCAA